GUUGGGCAAGGAAAUUGUACGCAUGCGCUAAUCCGGAUGUACAUAGAGGUUUUCCUCGUUGAGAAGAUUGAGAAACAGCGUGGGACUCCUCUGUAACCAGCCGUCUCGGAACACCAGAAGAAAUGCUGUCAUUGACAUUAAGACAACUUGCACGUCCCCUGUGCCGCCGCGCCCCGGCCCCCGCCUGUUUGGGGGCGCGGGCGCAGCACUCCCAGCCUGCCUCGCGGGCGGCGGACUUCGAGAAGCCGUGGACGGGGCAGGACAGCCUGGCGACCGACGACCCCGAGAUGUGGGACCUCCUGCUGAGGGAGAAGGACAGGCAGUGCAGGGGCCUGGAGCUCAUCGCCUCUGAGAAUUUCUGCAGUCGUGCUGCACUGGAGGCCCAGGGCUCCUGUCUCAACAACAAAUACUCAGAAGGCUACCCUGGGAAGAGGUACUACGGCGGAGCUGAGAUUGUGGACCAGAUCGAGCUCCUGUGCCAGAAGAGGGCGCUGGAGGCCUUCGACCUGGACCCCGCCCAGUGGGGGGUGAACGUGCAGCCCUACUCCGGGUCUCCCGCCAACUUCGCCGCCUACACGGCCGUCCUCAACCCGCACGACCGCAUCAUGGGCCUGGACCUGCCCGACGGGGGACACCUUACCCACGGCUACAUGACCGACGCUAAGCGCAUCUCCGCCACCUCCAUCUUCUUCGAGUCCAUGCCCUACAAGCUGAACACUCAGACGGGUCUUAUUGACUACGAGCGCAUGGAGAUGACGGCUCGGCUGUUCCGCCCCAGGCUGAUCAUCGCGGGCACCAGCGCGUACGCCCGCCUCAUCGACUACGCCCGCAUCAAGAAGCUGUGUACGGACCUGAAUGCCUACCUGUUAGCGGACAUGGCUCACAUCAGUGGGCUGGUGGCUGCCAAAGCGAUCCCGUCGCCCUUCGAUCAUUCGGACCUGGUCACCUCCACCACCCACAAGUCUCUCCGGGGCUCCAGGGCCGGACUCAUAUUCUACCGUAAGGGGGUGCGGUCCGUGGAUAAGAAGGGGCGCGAGGUGCUGUACGACCUGGAGGACAAGGUCAACUUCUCCGUGUUCCCGUCCCUGCAGGGCGGGCCCCACAACCACGCCAUCGCCGGGGUGGCCGUCGCUCUCCGACAGGCCUCGACGCCGAUGUUCCGGGAGUACAUCGCCCAAGUGCUGCGGAACGCCAAAGCCAUGGCCGACGCCCUGCUGAAGAGGGGGUACACCCUGGUGUCAGGUGGGACGGAUAACCACCUGGUUCUGGUGGACCUGCGGCCGCAGGGCAUGGACGGGGCGAGGGCCGAGCGGGUUCUGGAGCUGGUGUCCGUCACGGCCAACAAGAACACCUGCCCUGGGGACAAGAGUGCCCUCACACCUGGAGGCCUCCGGCUCGGAACUCCAGCGCUGACCUCCAGGCAGUUCAAGGAGGCCGACUUUGAGAAGGUGGUGGAGUUCAUGGAUGAAGGCAUCAAGAUCGCCCUGGAUGUGAAGAAGAAGACUGGCAAGCUUCAGGACUUUAAGAACUUCCUGCUGCAGGACCCGGAGACGGUGGGCCGGCUGGCGGACCUGAGGCAGCGGGUGGAGGCGUUUGCCCGACCUUUCCCCAUGCCCGGCUUCCACGACCACUGACCCCGCGGAGAACAGGGCGGGGCGUCGCCGGGGGAGGGGCGUCGCC